CACCGAUGACGAUGUUAGCAACGGGUUGGACGAUAUAAGCUCGAAGCCUCUGCCCAGCUUUGCCCAGUAUGAUCCUACAGCUUCUUACGCCUUGGCUGUCUUGAGCAUUGCUUGUUCCGACGAUCCUUGUCGAAUUGUCAAUCAUGCAUGUCACCAGGAGCUUGUUGGCGGCGGUCGCCCUGCCCGUCGCCUGGGCUAUUACCCCAGAGGCUAUGCUGUCAGCAAACCGGUAUUCCGAUGCUGUGCCCAAUCCGUCAGGAGAAUUUGCUCUCUUCUCGGUCAGCAAAUACUCUUUCGACUCGGGUUCACGACGGAGCUGGUGGAACAUUUUGGACCUCAAGACCGGUGACAUCUCUGUUUGGCAGAAUGGAUCCGACAUUUCCGAGGUCGUCUUUGCCGGUCCGACCCCGACUAGCAUCAUAUACCUCAAUGGCACCAAUGCUGAAGAGGAUGGAGGUGUCAGCUUGUAUUCUGCGGAUCUCCACUCGCCGACCAAUGCUACCUUGGUGGCCUCCCUACCGGCUCCCUACUCCGGACUCAAAGCGGCGCGCACUUCUUCGGGUGACAUAAAUUUCCUGCUCACCGCAAAGGCGUACCCUAACGGGACUGUCUACAACGAGCAGCUUGCCACCAAGGCGAGGAGCUCAGCCAACAUUUACACGGAGCUAUAUCCUCGUCACUGGGACUACUGGUUGACCCCUCAGAAAAAUGCCGUUUUCGGAGGUGUCCUCAAGUCCGGUAGCAGCGGCUACUCCCUCUCUGGAAACCUCACCAACUACGUCACUGGAAUAUGCGACGUUAUUUGUGCUGAGAGCCCCUACGAUCUCAACGGUGCUAGUGAUUAUGAGCUCUCCCCAGAUGGAAGCAAGGUCGCUUUCAUGACCAAGGAUAUAGGACUUCCCCUUGCCAACACGACAAGCACCCAGAUCUACCUUGUCCCUUUCACUGGCACCGCCAAGGAUGCUGUCCCCAUCAACCCUCGCGGCAGCGCCAAGUACCCUGAGGCUGAGGGCGCUUCUGCCAGCCCCUUUUUCUCGCCCGACAGCAGCAAGGUUGCAUAUGUGCAGAUGAACGGCAUCAACUACGAAUCCGAUCGUGCCAUCCUAUAUUUCGCCGACGCCAACGGUGACAAGGAAAAGGGCUUCAACGUCACCAGGCUGGCUGGAGACUGGGAUAGGUCACCAGGGUCGACCAAGUGGUCGCACGACGGCGAGACCAUAUUUGUCGACGCGGCAGACCUGGGUCGCUCUAGGGUGUUUGCGGUACCGGUCACUGCUGGUGAUUCGUACGUACCCAAGAACAUCACCGACGAGGGUUACGUUGCUGGAUUCUACCCACUUCCGGAUGGCUCUGUGCUUGUUUCAGACUCCAAGAUCUGGUCGAGUCGGGACAUUCAAACGGUGUCGGGCGCGGGUAACGGCUCCACCAAGGUUUACUUCCAGGCCAACGUUGCCGAUUCGGAGCUUGCUGGUCUCACUUCCGCCGACGUAUCCGAGUUUUACUACAGCAGCAACACCACCGAGAACAAGCAGCAGGCUUGGGUGAUUCACCCCACCGGAUUUGACAGCACAAAGAAGUACCCUUUGGCUUUCAUUACCCACGGCGGUCCGCAGGGAGCGCACAGCAACAGUUGGAGCACACGCUGGAACUUUAAGGUCUGGGCCGAUCAGGGCUACGUUGUCGUUGCGCCCAACCCGACCGCGUCGACUGGCUUCGGCCAGAACUUGACCGACGCCGUGUCAGGACGAUGGGGAACUGUGUACUGGGAUAUUGUGCACGCUUGGGAAUAUGUCAGGGAUAACCUGGACUACGUCGACACCGAGAAUGGAAUCGAGGCGGGAGCAAGCUUCGGUGGUUACAUGACCAACUACAUCCAAGGUCAACCAUUAGGCCGUGAGUUCAAGGCGCUUGUCACCCAUGAUGGCGUCACUUCGACUCUCAACCAGUACGCGACAGACGAGCUUUGGUUCAUGAACCACGACUUUAACGGUCCCUUCAAUGCGUCGUCCAACCAGCCCGGAUCGCCCUACUACGACUGGAACCCGCUACGCUACAUUGACAACUGGGCCACGCCGCACUUUGUGGUUCACAACGACCUCGACUACCGUCUCCCCGUGUCCGAGGGUGUGAUGCUUUUCAACCUGCUCCAGGUCAAGGGAGUUCCCAGCAAGUUCCUAAACUUCCCAGACGAGAACCACUGGGUCACCAAGCCCGAGAACAGCCUGGUCUGGCACACGGAGAUUUUCAAGUUUAUCAACUACUACAGCGGCGUUAGCAACUCGUCCAGCCCAUUUUGAGCUGAUUCUGGGUAAAUUAGAAACGAUGGAAUCUACCGGGAGCUGUCGGAUUGAUGUACGUGUGAUAUGACUAGUAUAAUGUGCCAUAACUUUUAAUACCGACAUGAUUGUGUACA